AUGCGCCGAGCCAGAGGACUGAUAGUGGGCUGCGCCGGUGCAGGAAAAACAACUCUGCUUAGACAGCUUCAGAGGACUCAAACAAGCCAUUGUCCAUGUUCAACUGAAACAACCAUUGGUCUUGAAAUUCACGAAGAUCUGUUUGAAGUAAAAGACGACACCUUAGUAGACUUUAAUUCCAAAAACGAAAACACAGAAGAUGGAAGUCAAGACAAACAGAUAAUAAGUAUGACGGACUUCGCCGGUCAAGUAGCGUAUUACGCAUGUCACCAGAUUUACCUCUCAAGAAGAGCCUUUUACCUGGUUGUUAUGGAUUUGUCUAAAGGACUGAAUGAAGUUGUUCACACACAAGACACUGAUCGACACAACCCAAAAGGAUCUUUAUUUCAUGGCUGGGCAUACAAAGAUUACUUUCUGUUCUGGCUGCGAUCAAUAAAAACGUACUGUGAUGACGGAAACAAACAGGAAACAACGAACAGUCCAGUUAUCCUCAUUGCCUCUCAUCACGACUGUUUAAAA